GGGGGGGUUGAUAAAACUACGGUCUCUCUCCCAGCGCUCAGAGCGCUAUUUUCUGCCAGGCUUUGAAGCGGACUGAGAGAGAGGAGAGGGAGAAGCAGGCUUCAUUCAUUAUAGCGCCGUUACACACGUUUACCAUCCCUAAAGCGUGGACCGGACAGACGUAAAGUUUUUUUUAUCCGGGAUCUGAAGAGGCGACUUCAGUGGAAAAGUUAAACGUCUCUAAUAGUAGGCUAAAAUACAUGUUGUAUUUGUUUAAGACGAGGCAUCGCAUCGUUGCAGCACUGAUACUGAAGUUAGUUUCACAUAGUUGGCUACUCAGUGACAUUCGCAUCUUUUCGGCUGGAAACCUUGACGGACUAAAUAACGUGAUUUAGUUUGUGUUUAGCACGCUUGUGGGAUUUUAACUGGAGACGGAAUUCUUACAUGCAACAGUAUUUUGUAUGAGAAAGCCAUGGCACAACAGAACAGAAACGGAGGGACUUCAUUAAACAACAACGGCAUCGAUAACACCAAGAGGAAACUGUUGAUAGGACUGGACCUCUUCUGCCUGCUACUAGCUGGCCUGCCCUUCCUGAUAAUAGAGUCUAGCACCAUACGGCCGUACCAGAGAGGUUUUUACUGUUCUGACGAGUCCAUCCGGUACCCAUAUAAAAAUGGAGACACUAUCAGCGAUGCUGUGCUCUGUGCUGCUGGCAUUCUUAUUGCCAUCCUCUCUAUUGUUAUAGGAGAGUGUUACAGGAUUCACUAUCGCAGAGAGGGAUCGAAGUUGUUCAUUGGGAACCCUUAUGUCUCAUCUCUCUACAAACAGGUUGGAGUGUUUAUAUUUGGAUGUGCCAUCAGCCAGUCGUUCACAGACAUUGCCAAGGUGUCAGUGGGCAGAAUGAGACCUCAUUUCCUGGAUGUGUGUAAUCCUGACUGGUCAGCCAUCAACUGUUCCCUUGGAUACAUCACCUCCUACACCUGUAAUGGCCCUGAGAGCAAAGUACAGGAGGCCAGGAAAUCCUUCUUCUCAGGACAUGCCUCCUUCUCUAUGUUUACUAUGCUCUACCUGACUUUCUAUCUCCAGUCCAGGUUCACGUGGAGAGGUGCCCGGUUGCUCCGCCCCCUCGUCCAGUUCACGCUGCUGAUGAUGGCAUUCUACACCGGCCUAUCACGUGUCUCCGACCACAAGCACCACCCCACAGAUGUACUGGCCGGCUUUGUACAGGGCGCCCUGGUGGCCUACUGCAUAGUGUUCUAUGUAUCUGACCUGUUCAAGCCGAGGGUGAAGCCUGCCUCACCCCCUCCCUCCCCCAUCAAGAAGGAGCUCCUCCCCCCUGCUGACAUCAUCGAGCGGAACAACCACCACAACAUGGUGUGAGACAGGCCCCGCCCCUUCCCAUGACCGAGGAGCCUAUCACAGCACUGUUUGCCUCCCAUUGGACAGUAGAAUGUAGCGACCAGAGAGACUGUCGCCGUGUCUCAUAUCACACUCUGUUCCUUAUGUAGUGCACUACUUAUCACGCGCUGUGGUCCAAUGUAGUGCACUACUUAUCACGCCCUGUGGUCCAAAGUGGUGCACUACUUAUCACGCGUUGUGGUCCAAAGUAGUGCACUACUUAGGAAAUAGCCUGAUAUUUGAGACCUGCCCUGCAGAGACCACUCUCACUAUCCAGAUUCUUUAACUACUAUUGUUAUUACUACUAUUCUGAUUUGAGCCCAAGUUAGAGCAAAAAGAAGACUCAAAAGCUAAAAGACAAGAAGUUACAGACAGCAGUGCAGAGCCACUGAAACAGAACACUUUGUAACUACACAAAGGGAAAAAAGUGUAAAAAUAAAUGAAUGAGUGAAUGAAUGAAGCAAGGAAAGAAAGACAGUCUCUGUCUGAGGCCUUGACAUAGGAUAACAACUUCCUUAGUGAUAGGAACGAUAUUACUGCAAAAUUACUAGCAAACGACACAUACAGUAUAUGAGUAACAAUAUAGAGCAGAAUAACUUACAGCACUAUAAUCCAGUUGACUGUCAAUUAUCACUACUCGCCACCAGAUGGAGCAGCUAUUAGAACACUUGUUGAUGAUCACGUAGAGCAGGGUGUCAAACUCUUUCCAUGGAGGGCCUAGUGUCUGCUGGUUUUUGGGCUUUCUUUUCGAUUAAGACCUAGACAACCAGGUGAGCAGAGUUUCUUAUUAAUUAGUGACUUAUUAAUUAAUUCAUCAAUCAAGUACAAGGGAGGAGCGGAAACCCGCAGGCACUCUGCCCUCCGUUGAAUGAGUGUGACACGUGACGUAGACGGAUAAAGUAAACCUGUAAAUAGUUAACUUGUCCACCAGCUACUGACUACUACUAGAGAAGGAAGAGACCUGGAGAGGAACCAGACCCAUACUACUCUAGCUCCUACCACCAAGUAGAAGUUUGGACUAGUCUAGUUCUCAGUUCGACAAGGCUCUUCUAGCUGCCCCUCUGGGUAACUUAACCUGGGAUGAUGCUUUCUGAAAGAGGGGGGUGGAUGAAGCAGGGGUUCUUGAAAGAGAGAUGUUAAAAGAGUAGGGAUAUUGAUUGGUAUUAGUUUGGGGGAUUCGGGGGAGGAAGAGGGGGAGGUAAAUAUCUCUCAGCCACCUGUCACCCUGUCUGGGGGCGUGGCUGUGCCAUGCUGCCGCUUGAUUGGCUGCGUAUGUGGGGGUGUGGUCUGUCACCAUGGACAGAGGGUUGAUUGACAGCUAAACUGGGACAUUAUGGGAUAGGGGCUCUUUCCGCUGGCAGGGAGGGGCUCUGGCCCAUCCAAUCACUCGUUAGCGGUAUGUAUGUAUGUGUCCUGUGUGUCACUGUGUUGGUGCCUGCCAGUGUGUCUGCUUUUGUGUAUGUGUGAUGUGUAUAGGUUUGUGUGUCCUGUGUAUUUGUUUGUGUGUGUGUGUGUGUGUGUCUUUGAUGAACCCUCCGGGUAGUGUGUGUGUAGAAUGAACCCUCCUCACACACACCAUUGUCUGUGCCAAGAAUGUGUGCCACUAUAUGUGUGUGUGUGUCAGAGAGGGCCAGAGGUGGAGGACUGAGACCCUGUCCAGAGAACGUUAGAAAACUGUGGAUUUAAUAUUUGUAUUUUCUGCUACGAUGCAUCUUUAACAUGUUCAGUGCUAGUCCAGUCAUGUCAUUAACUAACUGCUCCCCAUCAGUCAUUUUAUUUUACACUUCAGCUUACUCAGGGCAAAUCUCAAAUGGCAUGCUAUUCCCUAUAGGAUGGACUUCUGGCUAAAAUAAGUGCACUAGAUAGGGAAUAGGGUGCCAUUUUGGAUGGAGCCUAAGACAUCUUCUCACCAUCACCACUUCAAAACGUUGCACAUAUUUCUAAUCACGUUUAGUCCGUCCUAUCUUUUUGGCAAACCCUUUCCUUUUCAUUUUAUAAAUAUAUAAAUAAUGUAUAGUUCACAAAAUUAACUAUGUAAGAUAUUAUUUCUUAUGUUUAACUAUUGUCCACUAUGAAACGACAACCUCUGUUCUCUACCAAGUGCUGCUUAAAAAGCAUUGAUUUACAGAUUUUUUUAUUUAGUUAAUAUUGUAGAUUUGUGGUAGUAAGUUUUUAAUCUGCAUUGAAAACAAACCUACAAUUGUAUUAAAAUUCACUAUUAGUAUUUUUGUAUUGUCUCAUUUUGUACAAAAUAAAUAUUAGCAAAAUUUUUGUUUCUGCUUAAUGUACUUAGCUCUACUACAUGUGGUUUUAAAUAAAAAUCCCGUUAUAAACACGA